AUGCCUUUCCCGGCGACGCCCCCAUUCCGUCUUUCACAAACACCCGCGCGUCGCAAUCGUCCCCAGUUCGCACCUACACCCCGAUUUCUGCUGUCACAAAGUGCUACGCAAAGCACCGAGGAUCACGAUGUCAUAGACGAUGAUGAAUCGCAUUCGACGCGUCAUGACGCGCAAGUCUAUCCUGCCUCUCAACCUGUUCGCUCGCGCCAACGCGACGUGAUCGAGGACAUCGAUUAUGCAGGAGAGAUAAGGGAUGGGUUUGCUGGUACCAGAGCUAGGAAAGACAUACCGGAUGAUGCUAUUGAUAGCAGCCCACCCGAAGAAGGUGAGGGUGCUGGAUUUCUUGACGCUGAAUUUGAUGCCAUCUUUGCGUCCAUCAGGGAGGGUAACAAACGGCGCCGCAUGGAGACGGGCACACCAUCAACUUCAACGAGGCCAACCCAGAUCGAUCCGAUAUUGUCAUCACCGCAACAGGCAUCACACGCGCUUCCAAAUGCUACCCACACGCCUCAAGUGUCUAGAAGCGGCCCAGUGGCCCGGGAGAUGGGGACUAUGAGAACCCCAGCUCCUAGUACACGUCCGAUUGCUCUUCCCGCUUCUACACCAGGCGCCACGACGACACCAUUCCGAGGCCGCCCCCGCUUCAUGCUUUCUUCGGCAAUCAAGCCUCCGAGCAGCCAGUCUGCUCCCAAAUUCAAGCCGAGCACACCGGCCGUAUCACCACCGGAGAGACGUAAACCGACUUUUGUUUUGCCGCGCUCGCCGUCUCCCAAUCCGGAUGCCGAUUAUAUCCCUGCCCCAUUCUCCCCCAGUUCGCGGACACUCAGUCGUCGUGGCCGGAAGCGCGGCGGCGUGGUCAAUUACGUACCGGGCGGGAUGGCUGCGCAGCUUCGCAGCUGGGUCUUGGAAAUGGGAGUCAAACGCGAGCAGCUGCCGAAGCCCGUCUUGGCUCAGUCUGCGGAUUCGCAGGCAGAAGUGCCUUCACCUGCAGAUUUGGAGAGGUAUCUAGUGGCUGUCCGUGUCACCAAGGUUACUCAUACUAGAACGAAUGGUUGCGACUCUUUGGCUUUUGUACAAGCUGACCCUGUUGCCGGCCAUAAAGUGCAAGAUUUCGAUGCCAGUGCUUCACUGAACAUCCUGAUCAUGGGGCAUCCACGCUCAAAACCCGACUUAGGCCAUGACCCUCCUGGCCUGCUACCCCGGCAAGGAGAUAUUGUAGGAAUCCAUCGAGGACUGACUUGGACCAUGAAGCUUGGUACUUUUCCGAGUCAACCUCAGUCCAAUUACACCACUCCCAUUGCCAUGUCCCCCGAAAAUCAACUGGAAGAUGAGGAGCAACAUGAACCGAAAGAACCGUGGCUUGUGGCUAUGGAGUGGGAUCUGAUCCAUGUGCUUGCGAAUCUCUAA